AUGAUUACCAAAUUACGGUGGUGUACUCGUUUCAUUGGCGGUUAUGUCAAGUUAGCCACGUACCAACGACCCCGUUACUAUUGCACCAGCACAGAAAUUGAUAUUGUGGAAGAUCAUAGCUUCAAUUUUGCCGAUGUUCCAGUGAAUCGAAUCCGAAACUUCAGCAUAAUUGCUCAUGUUGACCAUGGCAAAUCGACGUUAGCUGAUCGAUUGCUGGAAAUGACUGGAGCCAUUGCGUCGAAUAGUGGCCAAGCGCAGGUCUUGGACAGUUUGCAGGUGGAGAAGGAGCGUGGAAUCACAGUCAAAGCUCAAUCGGCAUCACUACUGUAUCGUUACAAAGACGGCCAUACCUAUCUUCUUAAUUUAAUCGAUACGCCGGGUCAUGUGGAUUUUUCCAAUGAAGUAACGAGAUCGUUGUCGGCGUGUGAAGGUGUCAUUUUGUUGGUCGAUGCUAAUCAAGGUGUCCAAGCUCAAACGGUGGCCAAUUACCAUUUGGCCGUUGACAAAGGCCUCGUUGUGGUGCCAGUUUUGAAUAAAAUCGAUUUGAAAAACGCUGAUCCAGACCGUGUUUGCAUCGAAUUAAGCCAUUUGUUUGAUAUCGACCCAGAGUCAGUGAUGCGAGUAUCCGCAAAAUUGGGCAUUGGCAUUAAAGAGCUACUCGAUGCAAUUGUUUGUCGAAUUCCAGCACCAGAGGUGAUUGAUCGAAACGGUGCAUUCCGCGCUCUUUUAUUUGAUAGUUGGUUUGAUCGCCAUCGCGGUGCAUUGAAUUUGAUUUAUGUGAAAGAUGGCUCAGUGAGUGUUGGCGAUGAGAUUCAAUCGUAUGCAACGGAAAAAACGUACGUGAUUCGAACAUUAUCAAUUUUACGGCCACAUGAACUGAACGUUAGUAAGCUGAAUGCCGGCCAAGUGGGAUUGGUGGCAUGUAAUAUGAAGCAUAGCAAAGAUGCGGUCAUUGGAGAUACGCUAUUUGUAAAAGGGACAAAAGUUGAACAGCUGCCCGGAUUGCAAUCUAAUCGAGCAAUGGUAUUUGCGGGCAUUUUUCCAGAGAAUCAAUCCGAGCACGUUGAUCUGCGAAAUGCGCUGGAUAAAUUGAUUUUGAACGAUUCGGCGGUUACAAUAACACCCGAUUCAAGUCCAGCGCUGGGCCAAGGAUGGCGUUUAGGUUUUCUCGGUCUAUUACACAUGGAUGUUUUUUGCCAACGACUCACACAAGAAUACGAUAUUGGUUCAACAAUAACAGCACCGUCGGUAACUUAUAAACUGAAAUUAUCCAAUCCAAAGCUAAUCAAAGACCGUAACUCUGACAUAAUGUACGUGAGCAAUCCGCUUAUGUUCCCCGAUCCAAGCGACAUUGAAGAAUAUUUUGAGCCCUGUGUUUUGGGAACGAUUAUCACGCCAAAAGAAUACAUACCCGAAGUGAUUGCAUUGUGUGUUGAACGACGGAGCGAGCGCCAGGGAACGAUUGAUAUCGAUGAAAAUCGUGUGAUGAUGACCUAUACAAUGCCAUUAAGUGAGAUUGUGAUCGAUUUUCAUGAUGAAUUGAAAGCGGUCACAUCAGGAUAUGCCAGUUUUGAUUACGAAGACAAGGGCUAUCAAUCAACGAAAGUGGUAAAAUUAUGCCUUCAUCUGAACCAACAGCCAGUGGAUGAGUUCAGUCGCAUCGUUCACAUAUCGAAAGUUAAUACAGUUGCCCGCGAUAUGGUGAACAGAUUAAAAGAAUUGAUACCAAAACAAAUGAUACAGGUUGCCAUCCAGGCGGUUGUGGGUAGCAAAGUUUUGGCACGUGAAACGAUCAAAGCCUAUCGAAAAGAUGUUGCGGCCAAAUUGUACGGUGGUGAUGUGACUAGACGAAUGAAACUGAUACGAGCCCAGGCCGAAGGGAAGCGAAAAAUGCGAGCCAUAGCUAGUGUUAAAGUUCCACAUGAUACAUACAUAAAACUUUUGAAAAGAUGAAACCGUUGUUAUGUUCUAAGUAAACUACCGAAAUAUUUAGAGAAGUUGUACAUUACUGAUAUAAAAACGAAUACAACUCAUAAUAAAGAUAAAAAAAGUCAAAAAAAAA